AGCUGCUUCACACCUCUCACCAAAAUUUUAUAUCUAUUUAAUUCAACGACGUACAUACAUACAUACAUACAUAUAUAUAUAUAUUUGUAUUUGUAUUCAAUUAGAUUAACGGUGGAUGUGAAAAAAUUAUUAGUUUUAACCAUAGAAUUGGAUCGAGAUUGUUGUUGUUGUUGGCGGAGAUGGGCGAUUCUACGGGGGAACGAGAUUAUGUGGAAGAAGCUUCUAGAAUCGUGGAACAAGCUAAGGAAUUGCAAGACGCUGCUUCUUCCUUGAUCUCGAGAACCACUCGCGAAGAAGAUUCGUUAAGGCAGAAAGCAAAGUCGCUUGAUUCCAGCGUUCAACAACUCCGUUCUUCUGUUAGGAAAAGCAAAUUGGAUUCUAAUCAAGCUGAAAAGUUGGAAGAGGAGUUGUUUAAAGCUAGUUAUGUACUGAGCGAGGGAGAUGCUGCAGCUUUUCUUCCAAGCAAAUCUCAUGGAGGGUUCUUGAGGAUGUUUUUGGGUCCAAUCAAUGUUCGUGCUAAUAGAAAGGAUGUGCAAUUUAAAGUGAAAGAGGAAUAUAAUAGUUUCAGGGACAGGACAGCAUAUCUAUUCCUUCUUUUCCCAUCGUUGCUACUAGGCUUGAGGUCUUGGAUGUGGGAUGGAUGUUUACCAGCGUUGCCAGUGCAACUUUACCAGGCCUGGUUGCUUUACCUCUACACAGGUUUGGCUCUGCGAGAGAACAUUUUGAGAGCGAAUGGAAGUGAUAUUCGUCCAUGGUGGAUAAAGCAUCACUACUGUGCUAUGGCCAUGGCACUUAUAAGUCUUACCUGGGAAAUAGAACGACAACCUGACUGUUCACAGAAGCAGAGGGGUGUGCAACUGUUCCUGAAAUGGGCUAUCAUGCAAGGUGUUGCAAUGCUCCUUCAGAAUAGAUAUCAAAGGCAAAGACUGUACACUCGUAUUGCAUUAGGAAAGGCCAGGAGAAUGGAUGUUGUGUGGGGAGAGACUGCUGGAGUAGAUGGUCAAUUGUUGUUGCUCUUCCCUGUACUAUUUGUCUUGCAGGGAUUUGAAGCAUAUGUUGGAGUCUUGUUGCUCAAGACAGCAUUCAUUGGUGUUGUUUCUGAGUGGCAGGUUGUCACCUGUGGGAUCCUUCUGAUUAUCAUGGCAGUUGGGAAUUUUGCCAACACAGUGCAGACUCUUGUGACAAAGUCUCGGGUUAAAGCCAAAAUGAAGAGGGGUAAAAGUAAACAAGAUCUGAAAUCUGAAUCUGGCACCAAAAGUUCGUGAUAGGGAUGGUUGGUCCAGUCUAGUAUCCUGAUGGAUGAAGAUGCUAAGUUAUUCUUCAUUUACUGUUUUACUCGUUCAUAUGAGUAGGCGCCAUAAUGCUUCUCUGACACGACUUUGGGCUUCAGAGGACAGUUGCAGGAAAUAGUCAUGCAUGCAGUUCCUCAAGAAAUGAUUUUGUUUGGUUCUUUAUGUUUCAAGUGUUUUCUUGUCUGUGUUUAAAGUUCUAUGAUGGAAAGCGAUGUGUCCACAUUAAAAGAACUUUGACCGUCAGUGAUUUCCAUUGUUUCUAAAUUUUGGUAUUACUGCUCAAGUAUUGACGAUAAUUGCAAGCAGCAGAUGCGCAGAGCCUCCUAUGGUUUUUGCUUGAAGACUUGCUCUGACGUGUGCUUCUGUAUUUUUGGUAUGUAUCAGUUCAAUUCAAACUAAUAAAAUAAUGCAUGUUAAGGGAGUC